AUGACUAGUUAUCAUCUUAACAGUAUUUUUCAAACAACACAACAAAAAUUAUAUGAUGGUUCAAAAAAUUUCUUUCGAAAAUUAAAUGAUUCUACAAAAACUAAUGACAUAAAACCAUUUCAAGUAAAUUUGUGUUGUUCAUCAAUGCAUUGUACGAUUCCAAUGUUGUCAAUGUGUGAUUAUUGUGAAAAACAAUAUUGUUCAAAUCAUCUCAUGCCAUGCUCACAAUGUAAUAAGAUAUAUUGCCUUUAUUGUUCAACAAAUAUAAACAAUGAAUUAACCAUUUGCUUAACAUGUGUACAAAAUGAAUAA